CCCAACUAUGAGUAAUUCUAAAAUAAUCCAACCUAUACAUGACAUCUUCUCAAAAUAGACCCAUGACCGGAAUUAAAAAAAUUAAGAGAUUGUUUGUCCACGUGUCUUUAUAUAAUUGGAUUUUAGAUGUUUAAAAUCCACGUGUCUUUCUUUUCCUUUCUUCUCUCCUGUAAGACGCCCCUUCUUCUUCUUCUUCUUCUUCUUCUUCUUCUUCUUUCCACCCAAUGUGAAAUCUCCUCUGUUCUCCCAUCCCUAACCUACUUCUUCUUAAUUUCUUUGUUGCUUUCUCUAUUUCUACCUCUUCUCACCUUCUUCCUUAUUUCUAAUUUCUAUACAUAUUUUUGUUUCCCGGCUUCCUUCAUCUUCUCCUAUGAAAUUUAUGGAGCAAUUCUAGAUUUCUAAAUACAUGAGCCUUGAUGAAACUUUUGACCAAAUUAGAUCAACUUGGCUUUCAACGCCAGGCCACCAUCUUCAUCUCCCCUCUCCUUCAUUUCCGUUUUCUUCUAGGUUAUAAUUCUGGAGAAAGAUCAUUUAAUUGAGGCAUCCAAGGAUUUCCACCUAAUUAGACGAAAACGAAUUAUUGUUGUUGUCAGUAGAAUCAGCUUCGUCCAUACCCGAUCUUUAUACUUUUUGGACUGUCCCUCAUCCUCACCCCAGAUUCAAAGAUUAGAUGAAGGCAAUCUGGCUAGGAAUGGGAAAGUUUGUUUUGGGAAGGAUUGUGACCGGCGGAUCCACACCCGAUGACCAUAUUAUUGUUCUUCCUUUUCAUUUUCCAAUUUUGUUUACCGGUGUAACCAGUAGUGGGUAAAUGGGAUCAAUAUGAGAAGACCUCACGUCAAUUUGGGAUUAUUAUAGAAUAAUGCAUAUUUGGGAUUAAUCUUGGAAGAACGUUAAUAGUUGGGAUUAUUCUUGUGAAUUUUUCCUAUUAAUUAAAGAGAUUUUUUUACUUAGAAGCUAAACGUGGUUCGCUAAACAUAAGUAUAACAUUUUCAUAUAUUAAAAAAUUACGCAAAUUAUAUUCUACACUUGUAUGUAGUUGUACAUCCAUUAUUUUUAUACUCCGUAAUAUAUUUGAACUUUGAUCCUGUUAAUAAAAUCUUCUCAUCCCUGAUGUAUGACUUACCCCUACUUGUGCGGUCUUUUUUUAAAGGAUCUGGAACCUCUGCCUUGUUUUGCAGCAAAAGUAGGGUGUUGGGCUUUGGAAGGCCGUCCGAUAAAAAAAUUAACAGGGAUAGACUUCGACGGACCACAUCUCGAGGCGUCCUUUUCUUCAUCCGCUCAUCCGUUGUCACAAGGCACCUAUGUCGAGCAACAGAAGAUCGCAAUCCUUUUUUUAACCUUCUUACUCACCGUUCCUAUCCAUAAAAACCCCAUCGGAAGAAGCUUAGGUGAGUUUGUUCCGACCGGAGAGACAAAUCAGAAGAAGAACCGGGCACGUUGGAUCUUUGUCCUUGUUCUCACGGUGGAAGAUGAUACUUGAGAUGGCUACUUCAACUGUGAUUAUAAUUAAGAUGUGGCAUGGAGGUAUCUUUAAGCACAACAACCAGAAAUAUUUGGAGUAUGUAAAUGGUGAUUAUAAAUGCUUUGACAUCGAUGUUGAUGAGUUGUACGUGUUGAUUUUGGUUAGAAGAGGUAAAUGUGGGAAAUAUAAAAAGCAUUGAGGAUAUUUACCACUUGAUUCCUGAUCAAAGUUUAGAGAAAGGUUUGAGAAGGGUUAAGCUUGAUGAUGAAGUCAGGG